CGCGGGGGCCCGGCCACUCGGAGCAGCUCCGCCGCGGGGACUGCACCGCCCGCCCUGCCGGACCCGCCCCGACCGGGGCUCGCCGCCUGCAGCAGCCGCAGCACCGCGACCUGGGGCCCCGCGCGGGCUAUGGCUGUGCCCGGGGGCUGAGCGCGCAGGCUGUGUGACCGAGAUUCCUGACGAGAGAGACUGAGAAGAGAGGCAGGAGGGGCGGGCUCCUGGCAAGGCAUCCGCUCCUGAACUGAGUCCUGCAAAAGAUGGAGAAGGAAGAAGACACGACCCGGGAGCUGCUGCUGCCCAACUGGCAGGGCAGCGGCUCCCAUGGGCUGACCAUCGCCCAGAGGGACGACGGCGUCUUUGUGCAGGAGGUGAUGCAGAACUCCCCUGCGGCCCGCACUGGGGUGGUCAAGGAGGGGGACCAGAUUGUGGGUGCCACCAUCUACUUUGACAACCUGCAGUCAGGCGAGGUGACCCAGCUGCUGAACACCAUGGGGCACCACACUGUGGGCCUGAAGCUGCAUCGCAAGGGGGACCGCUCCCCUGAGCCUGGCCAGACCUGGGCCCACGAAGUCUUCAGCUCCCGAAGCUCUGAGGUGGUUCUGAGCGGGGAUGAUGAGGACUACCAGCGCAUCUACACCACGAAGAUCAAGCCUCGGCUGAGGUCAGAGGAUGGACUAGAAGGGGACCCUGGGGAGACCCAGAGCCGCACCAUCACGGUGACUAGAAGGGUCACGGCCUACACUGUCGACGUGACAGGCCGCGAGGGAACCAGGGAGAUUGAUAUCAGCAGCCCAGAGUUCAAGAUCAAGAUUCCACGGCAUGAACUGACGGAAAUCUCCACUGUGGAUGUGGACACCCACUCUGGCCAGACAGUGAUCAGACUGCCCUCGGGCCCGGGGGCAGUGUCUCCUACCACGGGCUCUGUUGUGGACAUCCGAGCGGGGUCCGUUUCCGCUUCAGGACCAGAGCUCCAAGGUGCUGGCCACUCGAAGCUCCAGGUCACCGUGCCUGGGAUAAAGGUGGGGAGCCCAGGCAUCAAUGUCACUGCAAAAGGCUUGAACUUGGGUGGCAAAAGAGGGGUCCAAGUUCCAGGAGUGGACAUCUCGUCUUCUCUUGGGGGUGGGGCAGUGGAGGUGCAGGACCCGUCUCUGGAGAGUGGCAGUAAUGGGAAAAUUAAAAUUCCCACUAUGAAGGUGCCAAAAUUCGGUGUGUCAACAGUGCCUGAGGGCCAGGCACCAGUGGCAGGGCUGAGCGUUUCUGUACCUGAAUUCUCUGUGGAGCACAAGGGUGGCCAGCCAGGCCUGACCAUUGGCGGGAACAUCCAGACCCCUCAGCUAGAAGUCAGUGCUCCUUCUGCCAAUAUUGAGGGGUGCGAGGGGAAGCUGAAGGGCCCCCAGAUCACUGGGCCAUCCCUUGAGAGUAACUUAGGCCUGAAAGGUGCCAAGCCACAGGGGAGCAUAGGGGUGGACAUCUCGGGGCCCAAAAUUGAGGGCACUCUCAGUGGCUCCAGUGUGGAAGUUCAAGCCCCUGACGUUGAUAUUCAUGGGCCUGGGGGCAAACUGAAUAUGCCCAAGGUGAAAGUUCCCAAAUUCUCUGUAUCAGGUUCUAAGGGAGGGGGAGCUGGCGUUGAUGUGGCACUGCCCACAGGUGAAGUGACUCUUCCUGGGAUCUCUGGGGACGUCAGCCUGCCUGAAGUUGCUGCUGGGGGGCUGGAAGGGAAGGUGAAGGGUACGAAAGUCAAGACUCCUGAAAUGAGCAUACAGAAACCUAAAAUCUCCAUGCAGGAUGUGGAUCUGAGCCUUGGAUCCCCUAAACUGAAGGGAGAUAUUAAGGUUUCAGUGCCUGGGGUGCAAGGUGAUGUUAAAGGCCCUCAAGUGGCAGUUAAAGGCUCCAAAGUGGACAUAGAGACACCUAGCCUUGAGGGGACCUCGACGGGACCCACGCUUAGUAGUCCUUCUGGGAAAACAGGAAUGUGCAGGAUCUCUAUGGCAGAUGUAGAUCUCAAUGUGGCUGCACCUAAAGUGAAAGGGGGUGUAGAUGUCACACUCCCCAAAGUAGAAGGGAAAGCCAAAGUCCCUGAAGUGGAUGUCAAAGGCCCCAAAGUGGAUGUCAGUGCCCCAGGUGUGGAAGUUCAUGGCCCAGAAUGGAACCUGAAAAUGCCCAAGUUCAGCCCUCCAGGAGUUGAAGGGGAAGGCCCAGCUGUAGAUGUGAAACUACCCAAAGAUAUCAGUAUUUUGGGGCCCAAGGUCAAUUUGGAGGCCCCAAGUGUGAACAUAGGGGGCCUGGGAGGCAAACUUAAAGGCCCUGAUAUUAAGCUGCCUGAAGUGAGUGUCAAGACACCAAAGAUCUCCAUACCUGAUGUCGAUUUGCAUGUUAAAGGCACAAAGGUAAAAGGAGAGUAUGAUGUAACAGUCCCAAAACUUGAAGGGGAACUGAAAGGCCCCAAAGUGGGCCUUGAUGCCCCAGAUGUGGAUGUUCAGGGCCCAGACUGGCAUCUUAAGAUGCCCAAGAUGAAAAUGCCCAAAUUCAGUGUGCCAGGGUUCAAAGCAGAGGGCCCAGAAGUGGAUGUGAACCUGCCCAAGGCUGAUGUGGACAUUUCUGGGCACAAGGUAGAUGUUAGUGCUCCAGAUGCGAGCAUUGAGGGACCAGAAGGUAAACUGAAAGGACCUAAGUUUAAGAUACCUGAGAUGAAUAUCAAAGCCCCAAAGAUCUCCAUGCCAGAUGUGGACUUACAUUUGAAAGGCCCUAAAGUAAAAGGAGAAUACGAUGUCACAGUGCCAAAAGUGGAAGGUGAGAUUAAAGUUCCUGACGUUGAACUUAAAAGUGCCAAAGUGGAUAUCGAUGUUCCAGAUGUUGAUGUUCACGGCCCAGACUGGCACCUGAAGAUGCCCAAAAUGAAAAUGCCCAAGUUCAGCAUGCCUGGCUUCAAAGCAGAGGGCCCAGAAGUGGAUGUGAACCUGCCCAAGACUGACAUUGACAUCUCUGGACCCACGGUGGACGUUGAAGUUCCAGAUGUGAACAUUGAAGGACCUGAAGGAAAGCUGAAAGGUCCCAAGUUUAAGAUGCCUGAGAUGAAUAUCAAGGCCCCUAAGAUCUCUGUGCCUGAUGUGGAUUUGCAUGUGAAAGGUCCCAAGGUAAAGGGAGAAUAUGAUGUUAUGGUGCCAAAGAUGGAAGGGGAACUCAAAGGGCCAAAAGUAGACGUCAGUGCCCCAGAUUUUGAAGUUCAUGGUCCUGAAUGGAACCUAAAGAUGCCCAAGAUGAAAAUGCCCAAAUUUACCAUGCCCAGCCUCAAAGGGGAGGGCCCAGAAGUGGAUGUGAACCUGCCCAAGGCUGAUGUGGACAUUUCUGCACCCAAGGUAGAUAUUAGUGCUCCAGAUUUGAGCCUCGAAGGACCAGAAGGAAAGUUGAAAGGCCCCAAGUUUAAGAUGCCUGAGAUGCACUUCAAGGCUCCUAAGAUGACUCUGCCAGAUGUUGACUUGGAUCUUAAAGGACCCAAAAUGAAAGGCAAUCUAGAUAUGUCAGUACCAAAAAUAGAAGGUGAGAUGAAAGUUCCAGAUGUGGACAUCAAAGUACCCAAGGUAGACGUUAAAGCACCAGAUGUGGAAGUCCAAGGUGCAGACUGGAGCCUGAAAAUGCCCAAGAUGAAAAUGCCCAAGUUCAGCAUGCCCGGCUUGAAAGGCGAGGGCCCAGAUGUGGAUGUGAACCUGCCCAAGGCUGACGUUGACUUCUCUGGACCCAAAGUUGACAUUGAAGCCCCAGAUGUGAGCCUGGAAGGUCCGGAAGGGAAGCUGAAGGGCCCCAAGUUUAAGAUGCCUGAGAUGCACUUCAAGACCCCCAAGAUCUCCAUGCCUGACGUGGACUUACACUUGAAAGGUCCUAAGGUGAAGGGGGAUGUGGACGUGUCUGUGCCCAAGUUAGAAGGUGAAAUGAAAGUGCCAGAUGUGGACAUCAAAGGACCCAAAGUGGACGUCGAUGUCCCAGAUGUGGACAUUCACGGCCCAGACUGGAACUUGAAAAUGCCCAAGAUGAAAAUGCCCAAAUUUAGCAUGCCUGGCUUCAAAGGUGAGGGCCCAGAAGUGGAUGUGAACGUGCCCAAGGCUGACAUUGACAUCUCUGGACCCAAAGUGGACAUUGAAGCCCCAGAUGUCAACAUUGAAGGACCGGAAGGAAAGCUGAAAGGCCCCAAGUUUAAGAUGCCUGAGAUGCACUUCAAGGCUCCCAAGAUCUCCAUGCCUGAUGUGAACUUGAAUCUUAAGGGGCCCAAACUAAAGGGAGAUAUGGAUGUGUCUGUGCCUGAUGUAGAAGGUGAAAUGAAAGUGCCAGAUGUGGACAUUAAAGGGCCCAAAGUUGACAUCAGUGCUCCAGAUGUGGAUGUUCAUGGCCCAGACUGGCACCUAAAGAUGCCCAAGGUGAAAAUGCCCAAGUUCAACAUGCCUGGCUUCAAAGGUGAGGGCCCAGAAGUGGAAGUGAACUUGCCCAAGGCCAACAUUGAUGUCUCAGGGCCCAAGGUGGAUGUUGAAGUUCCAGAUGUGAAUAUUGAUGGUCCAGAUGCAAAAGUAAAAGGUCCUAAAUUUAAGAUGCCAGAAAUGAAUAUAAAGCCUCAGAAGAUAUCCAUGCCAGAUGUUGGUUUGCAUUUGAAAGGUCCUAAAAUGAAAGGAGAUUAUGAUGUUACAAUUCCAAAAGUAGAAGGAGAGAUAAAAACUCCGGAUGUUGACAUCAAAGGUCCCAAAGUGGACAUUAAUGCACCAGAUGUGGGAGUUCAUGGCCCAGACUGGCAUCUAAAGAUGCCCAAAGUGAAAAUGCCCAAGUUCAGCAUGCCAGGCUUCAAAGGAGAGGGCCCAGAAGUGGAUGUAAACCUGCCAAAGGCUGAUAUUGAUGUCUCAGGUCCCAAGGUGGACAUUGAUGUUCCAGAUGUGAAUAUUGAAGGUCCAGAGGGGAAACUAAAGGGUCCCAAGUUCAAGAUGCCAAGCAUGAAUAUACAGACACAGAAAAUCUCUAUGCCUGAUGUUGGACUUAAUCUAAAAGCCCCUAAACUGAAAACUGAUGUAGAUGUUUCCCUUCCCAAAGUGGAAGGAGAGUUGAAAGGUCCUGAAAUUGACAUGAAGGCCCCGAAGAUGGAUGUGGAUGUUGGUGAUAUUGAUAUUGAAGGUCCAGAAGGGAAGCUGAAAGGUCCUAAGUUUAAGAUGCCAGACAUGCACUUCAAGACUCCCAAGAUCUCCAUGCCUGAUGUGGACUUACACUUGAAAGGCCCCAAAGUCAAAGGGGAUGCAGAUGUGUCUAUGCCGAAGAUAGAAGGUGAAAUGAAAGUGCCAGAUGUGGACAUCAAAGGGCCCAAAGUAGACAUCGAUGUCCCAGAUGUGGAUGUUCAUGGCCCAGACUGGCACCUGAAGAUGCCCAAGGUGAAAAUGCCCAAGUUCAGUAUGCCUGGCUUCAAAGGUGAGGGCCCAGAAGUGGAUGUGAACCUGCCCAAGGCUGACAUUAAUGUGUCUGGCCCCAAAGUGGACAUUGAUGCUCCUGAUUUGGAUAUAGAGGGACCAGAAGGAAAAUUAAAGGGCUCUAAAUUUAAGAUGCCUAAGUUGAAUAUCAAAGCUCCUAAGAUAUCCAUGCCAGAUGUGGACUUGAAUUUGAAGGGACCCAAAGUGAAAGGAGAAAUUGAUGCUUCUGCGCCUGAGCUAGAAGGUGAUCUCAGAGGUCCACAAGUUGAUAUCAAAGGUCCCAGUGUGGAUGUGGAGAUGCCUGAAGUCGAUCUGGAAUGUCCUGAUGCAAAGUUGAAAGGCCCUAAGUUUAAGAUGCCUGAGAUGCACUUCAAGACCCCCAAGAUCUCCAUGCCUGACGUGGACUUACACUUGAAAGGUCCUAAGGUGAAGGGGGAUGUGGACGUGUCUGUGCCCAAGUUAGAAGGUGAAAUGAAAGUGCCAGAUGUGGACAUCAAAGGACCCAAAGUGGACGUCGAUGUCCCAGAUGUGGACAUUCACGGCCCAGACUGGAACUUGAAAAUACCCAAGAUGAAAAUGCCCAAAUUUAGCAUGCCUGGCUUCAAAGGUGAGGGCCCAGAAGUGGAUGUGAACGUGCCCAAGGCUGACAUUGACAUCUCUGGACCCAAAGUGGACAUUGAAGCCCCAGAUGUCAACAUUGAAGGACCGGAAGGAAAGCUGAAAGGCCCCAAGUUUAAGAUGCCUGAGAUGCACUUCAAGGCUCCCAAGAUCUCCAUGCCUGAUGUGAACUUGAAUCUUAAGGGGCCCAAACUAAAGGGAGAUGUGGAUGUGUCUGUGCCAAAAUUGGAAGGAGAUUUGAAAGGCCCCAGUGUGGACGUGGAGAUGCCUGACGUUGAUCUAGAAUGUCCUGAUGCAAAGUUGAAAGGCCCUAAGUUUAAGAUGCCAGACAUGCACUUCAAGACUCCCAAGAUCUCCAUGCCUGAUGUGGACUUACACUUGAAAGGCCCCAAAGUGAAAGGGGAUGUGGAUGUGUCUGUGCCCAAGAUAGAAGGUGAAAUGAAAGUGCCAGAUGUGGACAUUAAAGGCCCCAAAAUAGACAUUGAUGCCCCAGAUGUGGACGUUCAUGGUCCAGACUGGCACCUGAAGAUGCCCAAGAUGAAAAUGCCCAAGUUCAGUAUGCCUGGCUUCAAAGGCGAGGGACCAGAUGUGGAUGUGAACCUGCCCAAGGCUGACAUUGACAUCUCUGGACCCAAGGUGGACAUCGAAGCCCCGGAUAUGAACAUUGAGGGUCCAGAAGGAAAACUGAAAGGCCCGAAGUUCAAGAUGCCUGAAAUGCACUUUCAUGCGCCUAAGAUCUCCAUGCCUGAUGUUGAUUUCAACUUAAAAGGGCCUAAAAUCAAAGGAGACUUUGAUGUUUCUGCCCCAAAGCUGGAGGGAGAGUUAAAGGGUCCAGAAGUGGAUGUCAGAGGCCCCAAAUUGGAUGUUGACAUGUCAGACAUAGCUGUGGAAGGUCCAGAUGGCAAAUGGAAAAGUCCUAAAUUUAAGAUGCCAGACAUGCACUUUAAAGCUCCCAAAAUCUCCAUGCCAGACGUUGAUCUACACUUAAAAAGUCCCAAGAUAAAGGGAGAGGUGGAUGUUGAUGUUCCCAAAUUGGAAGGUGACCUCAAAGGGCCAGACCUCAAAGGUGACAUCAGUGGGCCAGAUAUCGACAUUGAAGGACCAGAGGGCAAAUUGAAAGGUCCCAAGUUCAAGAUGCCUGACAUGCAUUUCAAAGCCCCAAAUGUUUCUAUGCCUGAUGUGGACCUAAAUUUGAAAGGACCAAAAAUCAAGGGGGAUGUUGAUGUGUCUGUGCCUGAGGUAGAAGGUAAAAUUAAAGUACCAGAUGUGAACAUCAAGGGUCCCAAAGUAGACAUAAAUGCUCCUGAUGUUCAUGGCCCAGACUGGCACCUGAAAAUGCCCAAAAUGAAAAUGCCCAAGUUCAGCAUGCCUGGUUUCAAAGCAGAGGGUCCAGAGGUAGACGUGAAUCUUCCCAAGGCUGACAUUGAUGUCUCAGGACCCAAAGUUGACAUUGAAGUCCCAGAUAUGAGCAUCGAGGGUCCAGAGGGAAAAAUCAAGGGGCCUAAAUUUAAGAUGCCAGAAAUGAACAUCAAAACUCCCAAGAUCUCCAUGCCAGAUGUGGAUUUACACUUGAAAAGUCCUAAGGUCAAAGGUGAUGUGGACAUUUCCCUGCCUAAGGUGGAAGGUGACCUAAAGGCCCCCAAAAUGGACAUUGAUGUCCCAGAUGUUGAUGUUCAGGGCCCAGACUGGCACCUGAAAAUGCCCAAGAUGAAAAUGCCCAAGUUCAGCAUGCCAGGCUUCAAAGGAGAAGGCCCAGAAGUGGACGUGAACCUGCCCAAGGCUGACAUGGACAUCUCAGGACCCAAGGUGGACAUUGAAGGCCCUGAUGUUAACAUUGAGGGUCCUGAGGGAAAGUUGAAAGGUCCUAAGUUCAAGAUGCCUGAGAUGAACAUCAAAGCCCCCAAGAUCUCCAUGCCUGACUUUGAUUUGCACCUGAAAGGUCCCAAGGUAAAGGGUGAUGUGGAUGUGUCUCUGCCCAAAGUGGAAGGUGACCUAAAGGCCCCUGAAGUUGACAUCAAGGGCCCCAAGGUGGAUGUGGAUGUCCCAGAUGUGGAUGUCCAUGGCCCAGACUGGCACCUGAAAAUGCCCAAGAUGAAAAUGCCCAAGUUCAGCAUGCCAGGCUUCAAAGGAGAGGACCCAGAAGUGGACGUGAACCUGCCCAAAGCUGACAUUGAUGUCUCGGGACCCAAGGUGGACAUUGAAGGCCCUGAUGUUAACAUUGAGGGUCCUGAGGGAAAGUUGAAAGGUCCUAAGUUCAAGAUGCCUGAGAUGAACAUCAAAGCCCCCAAGAUCUCCAUGCCUGACUUUGAUUUGCACCUGAAAGGUCCCAAGGUCAAAGGAGAUGUGGAUGUGUCUCUGCCCAAAGUGGAAGGUGACCUAAAGGCCCCUGAAGUUGACAUCAAAGUCCCCAAGGUGGAUGUUAAUGUCCCAGAUGUGGAUGUUCAUGGUCCAGACUGGCACCUGAAGAUGCCCAAAAUGAAAAUGCCCAAAUUCAGCAUGCCUGGCUUCAAAGGAGAGGGCCCAGAAGUGGACGUGAACCUGCCCAAGGCUGACAUAGAUGUGUCAGGACCCAAAGUGGAUGUUGAAUGUCCUGAUGUGAAUAUUGAAGGACCUGAAGGAAAGUGGAAAAGUCCAAAGUUUAAGAUGCCUGAAAUGCAUUUGAAGACUCCAAAGAUAUCUAUGCCAGAUAUUGAUCUUAAUCUAACAGGUCCAAAAAUAAAAGGAGGUGUGGAUGUCACAGGUCCCAAGCUAGAGGGAGACUUGAAAGGCCCUGAAGUUGACCUCAAAGGCCCCAAAGUGGACAUUGAUGUCCCAGAUGUAGAUGUCCAUGGCCCAGACUGGCACCUGAAAAUGCCCAAGAUGAAAAUGCCCAAGUUCAGCAUGCCAGGCUUCAAAGGAGAAGGCCCAGAAGUGGACGUGAACCUGCCUAAGGCUGACAUUGAUGUGACUGGACCUAAGGUGGACAUUGAAGGCCCUGAUGUUAACAUUGAGGGUCCUGAGGGAAAGUUGAAAGGUCCUAAGUUCAAGAUGCCUGAGAUGAACAUCAAAGCCCCCAAGAUCUCCAUGCCUGACUUUGAUUUGCACCUGAAAGGUCCCAAGGUAAAGGGUGAUGUGGAUGUGUCUCUGCCCAAGGUGGAAGGUGACCUAAAGGCCCCUGAAGUUGACAUCAAGGGCCCCAAGGUGGAUGUGGAUGUCCCAGAUGUGGAUGUUCAUGGCCCAGACUGGCACCUGAAGAUGCCCAAGGUGAAAAUGCCCAAGUUCAGCAUGCCAGGCUUCAAAGGAGAGGGCCCAGAAGUGGAUGUGAACCUACCCAAGGCUGAUAUUGAUAUAUCAGGACCCAAGGUGGACAUUGAAGGCCCUGAUGUUAACAUUGAAGGACCGGAGGGAAAGUUGAAAGGUCCUAAGUUCAAGAUGCCUGAGAUGAACAUCAAAGCCCCCAAGAUCUCCAUGCCUGACUUUGAUUUGCACCUGAAAGGUCCCAAGGUAAAGGGUGAUGUGGAUGUGUCUCUGCCCAAAGUGGAAGGUGACCUGAAGGCCCCUGAAGUUGACAUCAAGGGCCCCAAGGUGGAUGUGGAUGUCCCAGAUGUGGAUGUCCAUGGCCCAGACUGGCACCUGAAGAUGCCUAAGGUGAAAAUGCCCAAGUUCAGCAUGCCAGGCUUCAAAGGAGAGGGCCCAGAAGUGGAUGUGAACCUACCCAAGGCUGAUAUUGAUAUAUCAGGACCCAAGGUGGACAUUGAAGGCCCUGAUGUUAACAUUGAAGGACCGGAGGGAAAGUUGAAAGGUCCUAAGUUCAGGAUGCCUGAGAUGAACAUCAAAGCCCCCAAGAUCUCCAUGCCAGACAUCGAUCUUAACCUGAAGGGCCCCAAAGUGAAGGGUGAUGUGGAUGUGUCUUUACCAAAAGUGGAAGGUGAGAUUACAGUUCCUGAAGUUGACAUCAAGGGCCCCAAAGUGGAUGUUGAUGUUCCAGAUGUGGAUGUUCAUGGCCCAGAUUGGCACCUGAAAAUGCCCAAGAUAAAAAUGCCCAAGAUCAGCAUGCCUGGCUUCAAAGGAGAAGGCCCAGAAGUGGAUGUGAACCUGCCCAAGGCUGACAUUGAUGUCUCAGGACCCAAGGUGGACAUUGAUGUUCCAGAUGUGAAUAUUGAAGGUCCAGAUGCAAAACUGAAGGGCCCCAAGUUCAAGAUGCCAGAGAUGAACAUCAAAGCUCCAAAGAUACCCAUGCCAGAUUUGGACCUUAAUCUUAAAGGCCCUAAGAUGAAAGGAGAGGUGGAUGUUUCCCUUCCAAAUGUAGAAGGUGAUGUGAAAGGGCCUACUCUUGACAUCAAGGGUCCAAAGAUAGAUGUAGAUGCUCCAGAUAUUGACAUUCAUGGCCCUGAAGGCAAAUUGAAAGGUCCCAAACUGAAGAUGCCAGACAUGCAUGUAAACAUGCCCAAGAUCUCCAUGCCAGAAAUUGACCUGAAUUUGAAAGGGACAAAGCUUAAGGGAGAUGUUGAUGUUUCUGGACCCAAGUUGGAAGGUGACAUUAAAGCUCCCAAGUUGGAUGUAAAGGGCCCAGAAGUGGACAUUUCUGGUCCUAAGGUCAAUCUUGAAGGCAAGUCAAAGAAAUCACGUUUUAAGCUUCCUAAAUUUAACUUUUCAGGCUCCAAAGUUCAGACACCUGAGGUGGAUGUCAAAGUUAAAAAGCCAGAUAUUGAUGUGACAGGUCCAAAAGUUGAUAUUAAUGCUCCUGAUGUUGAGGUCCAAGGGAAAGUGAAAGGAUCCAAGUUCAAAAUGCCUUUCCUGAGUAUUUCAUCUCCUAAAGUUUCUAUGCCUGAUGUGGAGUUAAAUCUGAAAGGUCCUAAAGUUAAAGGAGACUUAGAUGUUACAGCUCCUAAUUUAGAAGGUGACUUUAAAGGACCCAAAGUAGAUAUUAAAGCACCAGAAGUUCAUCUUGAUGCACCUGAUGUGGAUGUUCAUGGUCCAGAUUGGAAUUUGAAAAUGCCCAAAAUGAAAAUGCCCAAGUUUGGUGUGCCCGGCUUAAAAGCGGAAGGGCCGGAAAUGGCUGUGGAUCUGCCAAAAGGAGAUAUCAACAUAGAGGGUCCCAGAAUGGACAUUGAGGGUCCAGAAAUCAAUGUAGCAGGUGUAGAAGGAGGCUUAAAAGGUCCCAAACUCAAGAUGCCUGACAUGAAUAUCAAAACUCCCAAGAUCUCCAUGCCUGACAUUGAUUUAGACCUGAAGGGCCCCAAGGUGAAAGGUGAUAUGGAUGUUUCUCUGCCCAAAGUUGAAGGGGAUCUGAAAGGGCCAGAGAUGGAUAUCAAAGGGCCCAAAGUGGACAUUGAUGCCCCUGGUGUGGAUGUUCAUGGCCCAGACUGGCACCUAAAAAUGCCCAAGGUGAAAAUGCCCAAGUUCAGCAUGCCUGGCUUCAAAGGUGAAGGCCCAAAUAUGGAUGUUACCCUCCCUAAAGCUGACAUUGAUAUUUCUGGCCCCAAAGUGGACAUCGAUGCCCCAGAUGUGAGUAUUGAAGGUCCAGAUGCAAAACUGAAGGGCCCCAAGUUCAAGAUGCCUGAGAUGAACAUCAAAGCCCCCAAAAUCUCCAUGCCUGACCUUGAUCUGAACUUGAAGGGCCCCAAAAUAAAAGGUGAUGUGGAUAUGUCAUUGCCAAAAGUAGAAGGUGACCUGAAGGGCCCUGAGGUGGACAUAAAAGGCCCCAAAGUGGACAUCGACACUCCUGAUAUUAACAUUGAAGGCCCAGAGGGGAAACUGAAGGGGCCCAAAUUCAAGAUGCCAGAGAUGCACCUAAAGACUCCUAAGAUUUCCAUGCCUGAUAUUGAUUUAAACCUGAAAGGCCCUAAGGUGAAGGGUGAUGUGGAUGUUUCCCUUCCCAAGUUUGAAGGUGAUCUGAAAGGCUCUGAAGUGGACCUCAAAGGUCCCAAAGUGGGCAUUGAUGCCCCUGAUGUGGAUGUUCAUGGACCAGACUGGCACCUGAAAAUGCCCAAGGUGAAAAUGCCCAAGUUCGGCAUGCCUGGCUUCAAAGGAGAGGGCCCAGAAGUGGAUGUGAACCUGCCCAAAGCUGACAUUGAUGUGACUGGACCUAAGGUGGACAUUGAAGGCCCUGAUGUUAACGUUGAGGGUCCUGAGGGAAAGUUGAAAGGUCCUAAGUUCAAGAUGCCUGAGAUGAACAUCAAAGCCCCGAAGAUCUCCAUGCCUGACUUUGAUUUGCACCUGAAAGGCCCCAAGGUCAAAGGAGAUGUGGAUGUUUCCCUGCCUAAGCUGGAAGGUGACCUAACAGGCCCUGAAGUUGACAUCAAGGGCCCCAAGGUGGAUGUUGAUGUCCCAGAUGUGGAUGUCCAUGGCCCAGACUGGCACCUGAAAAUGCCCAAAAUAAAAAUGCCCAAGAUCAGCAUGCCUGGCCUCAAAGGAGAGGGCCCAGAAGUGGACGUGAACCUGCCCAAAGCUGACAUUGAUGUCUCAGGACCCAAGGUGGACAUUGAUGUUCCAGAUGUGAAUAUCGAAGGUCCAGAUGCAAAACUGAAGGGCCCCAAGUUCAAGAUGCCUGAGAUGAACAUCAAAGCCCCCAAGAUCUCUAUGCCUGACUUUGAUUUGCACCUGAAAGGUCCUAAGAUGAAAGGAGAUGUGGAUGUUUCUCUGCCUAAAGUGGAAGGUGACCUGAAGGCCCCUGAAGUUGACAUCAAAGGGCCCAAAGUGGACAUUGAUGUCCCUGAUGUGGACGUUCAUGGUCCAGACUGGCACCUGAAGAUGCCCAAGGUGAAAAUGCCCAAGUUCAGCAUGCCUGGCUUCAAAGGCGAGGGCCCAGAUGUGGAUGUGAACCUGCCCAAAGCUGACAUUGACAUCUCAGGACCCAAGGUGGACAUAGACGCUCCUGAUGUUGACAUUCAUGGCCCAGAAGGGAAACUGAAGGGUCCCAAGUUUAAAAUGCCUGACCUGCACCUCAAGACACCCAAGAUCUCCAUGCCUGAAGUGGACCUGAAUCUGAAGGGUCCCAAGGUAAAGGGUGAUGUGGAUGUGUCUCUGCCCAAAGUGGAAGGUGACCUAAAGGCCCCUGAAGUUGACAUCAAGGGCCCCGAAGUGGACAUCGACGUCCCAGAUGUGGAUGUUCAUGGCCCAGACUGGCACCUGAAGAUGCCUAAGGUGAAAAUGCCCAAGUUCAGCAUGCCUGGCUUCAGAGGAGAAGGCCCAGAAGUGGAUGUGAACCUGCCCAAAGCUGACAUUGAUGUCUCAGGACCCAAGGUGGACAUUGAUGUUCCAGAUGUCAAUAUCGAAGGUCCAGAUGCAAAACUGAAGGGCCCCAAGUUCAAGAUGCCAGAGAUGAACAUCAAAGCGCCUAAGAUUUCCAUGCCUGAUAUUGACUUUAACCUGAAAGGUCCCAAGGUAAAGGGUGAUGUGGAUGUGUGUUUGCCUAAAGUGGAAGGUGACCUCAAGGGCCCCGAAAUUGACAUCAAAGGGCCCAAAAUGGACAUUGAUGCCCCUGAUGUGGAUAUUCAUGGUCCAGACUGGCACCUGAAAAUGCCCAAGGUGAAAAUGCCGAAGUUCAGCAUGCCUGGCUUCAAAGGAGAGGGCCCAGAAGUGGAUGUGAACCUGCCAAAGGCUGACAUUGGUAUUUCUGGCCCUAAAGUGGACAUUGAUGCCCCGGAUGUGAAUAUUGAAGGUCCAGAUGCAAAAUUGAAGGGACCCAAGUUCAAGAUGCCAGAGAUGAACAUCAAAGCUCCCAAAAUCUCCAUGCCUGACCUUGACUUUAACCUGAAGGGCCCCAAAAUGAAGGGUGAUGUGGAUGUUUCUUUGCCCAAGGUGGAAGGUGACCUCAGGGGCCCUGAAAUUGACAUCAAGGGCCCCAAAUUGGACGUCGACACUCCUGAUGUCAAUAUUGAAGGCCCAGAAGGAAAAUUGAAGGGGCCCAAAUUUAAGAUGCCAGAGAUGCAUAUUAAAGCCCCCAAGAUCUCCAUGCCUGACUUUGAUUUAAAUUUGAAAGGGCCAAAAGUAAAGGGUGAUGUGGACCUUUCAUUACCUAAGGUGGAAGGUGAUCUAAAAGGGCCAGAGGUGGACAUUGAAGGUCCUGAAGGGAAACUCAAAGGUCCCAAAUUUAAGAUGCCUGAUGUCCAUUUCAAAACCCCACAAAUCUCCAUGAGCGACAUUGAUUUGAACUUGAAAGGACCUAAGAUAAAGGGAGAUUUGGAUAUUUCAAUUCCUAAAGUGGAAGGAGACCUGAAAGGCCCCAAAGUGGAUGUUAAAGGCCCUAAUCUGGGCAUAGACAUGCCUGAUAUUGACAUUCAUGGCCCAGAAGGGAAACUGAAGGGUCCCAAGUUUAAAAUGCCUGACCUGCACCUCAAGACACCCAAGAUCUCCAUGCCUGAAGUGGACCUGAAUCUGAAGGGUCCCAAGGUAAAGGGUGAUGUGGAUGUGUCUCUGCCCAAAGUGGAAGGUGACCUAAAGGCCCCUGAAGUUGACAUCAAGGGCCCCGAAGUGGACAUCGACGUCCCAGAUGUGGAUGUUCAUGGCCCAGACUGGCACCUGAAGAUGCCUAAGGUGAAAAUGCCCAAGUUCAGCAUGCCUGGCUUCAGAGGAGAAGGCCCAGAAGUGGAUGUGAACCUGCCCAAAGCUGACAUUGAUGUCUCAGGACCCAAGGUGGACAUUGAUGUUCCAGAUGUCAAUAUCGAAGGUCCAGAUGCAAAACUGAAGGGCCCCAAGUUCAAGAUGCCAGAGAUGAACAUCAAAGCGCCUAAAAUUUCCAUGCCUGAUAUUGACUUUAACCUGAAAGGUCCCAAGGUAAAAGGUGAUGUGGAUGUGUGUUUGCCUAAAGUGGAAGGUGACCUCAAGGGCCCCGAAAUUGACAUCAAAGGGCCCAAAAUGGACAUUGAUGCCCCUGAUGUGGAUAUUCAUGGUCCAGACUGGCACCUGAAAAUGCCCAAGGUGAAAAUGCCGAAGUUCAGCAUGCCUGGCUUCAAAGGAGAGGGCCCAGAAGUGGAUGUGAACCUGCCAAAGGCUGACAUUGAUAUUUCUGGCCCCAAAGUGGACAUUGAUGCCCCGGAUGUGAAUAUUGAAGGUCCUGACGCGAAAUUGAAGGGUCCCAAGUUCAAGAUGCCAGAGAUAAACAUCAAAGCUCCCAAAAUCUCCAUGCCUGAUGUUGACUUGGAUUUGAAAGGAUCCAAAGUCAAAGGAGAUUUUGAUGUGUGCAUCCCUAAGAUUGAAGGUACUUUCAAAGGCCCAGAAGGAGACCUUAAAGGUUCAGGUCUGGAUUUUGAAGGCCCAGAUGCCAGGUUCAGUGGCCCAAAUUUGAAGAUGCCAUCGCUGGAUAUAUCUGCCCCUAAAGUAACUGUUCCUGAUGUUGAUUUGCAUUUCAAGGCACCCAAAACUGGGGUUUCUGGUCCCAAGUUGGAAGGUGCUGAACUGGACCUCAAAGGGCCCAAAGUUGAUUUAGAAGCUCCAAGUUUAGAUGUGCACAUGGAGAGCCCAGAUAUUAAUAUUGAGGGGCCAGACAUUAAAAUUCCCAAGUUUAAGAAACCCAAGUUUGGUUUUGGGGCAAAAAGCCCUAAAGCUGACUUCAAGUCACCUUCCCUGGAUGUGACCGUUCCUGAGGCAGAACUGAAUGUUGAGACUCCUGAAAUUAGUGUUGGUGGCAAGGGCAAGAAGAGUAAGUUUAAAAUGCCCAAAAUUCACAUGAGUGGCCCUAAAAUGAAGGCCAAAAAACAGGGAUUUGACUUGAAUGUUCCCGGGAACGAAAUUGAUGCCAGUCUCAAGCCUCCUGAUGUAGAUGUCAACGUUGCCGGGCCAGACGCCACAUUUAAAGCUGAUGUGAAAUCCCCCAAAACCAAGAAAACUAUGUUUGGGAAAAUGUACUUUCCAGAUGUAGAAUUUGACAUUAAAUCACCUAAAUUUAAAGCUGAGGCCCCCCUCCCUAGCCCCAAAAUGGAGGGUGAAAUCCAGGCAACUGAUGUGGAUAUUUCUUCGCCUGGGAUUCAUGUGGAAGGUCCCGACAUCAAGCUGAAGGCUCCCAAGUUCAAGCUGCCAGGUAUGGAUGUCUCAGGGGGACAAACAGAGGGUGACUUGAAAGGCCCCAGGGUGCAGGCAAACUUGGACGCACCUGACAUCAACAUUGAAGGCCCAGAUGCUAAAGUCAAAGCCCCGUCGUUCGGCAUUUCUGGCCCUCAGGUCUCCAUCCCCGAUGUGAACGUUAGCUUGAAAGGACCAAAGAUAAAGGGUGAUGUCCCCAGUGUGGGACUGGAAGGACCAGACAUAGAUCUGCAAGGUCCAGAAUCAAAGAUCAAAUUCCCCAAGUUUUCAAUGCCCAAGAUCGGCGUCCCUGGUGUGAAGAUGGAAGGGGUAGGAGCUGAGGUUCAUGCCCAGCUGCCCUCUCUCGAAGGAGGCUUGAGUGCACCUGAUGUUAAGCUUGAAGGGCCGGAUGUGUCUCUGAAAGGGCCAAAAGUAGACUUGCCUUCAGUGAACCUCUCUAUGCCAAAAGCCUCUGGACCUGACCUUGACCUGAACUUGAAAGGACCAAGUUUGAAGGGAGACCUGGAUGCCUCUGUUCCUGGUGUGAGGGUGCACUCCCCAGGGCUUGACCUCAGAGGUCAAGGUGGAAAGGUGAGGAUGGAAGGAGACAGUGUGAAAGUGCCUGGGAUCGAUGCCACGCUAAACCUUGGCACCCCAGAUGUGACCCUGAAGGGACCAACCCUGCAGGGAGACCUGGCUGUCUCUGGUGACAUCAAAUGCCCUAAAGUAUCAGUAGGUGCUCCUGAUCUAAGCUUGGAGGCCCCUCAAGGUGGCAUUAAACUUCCCAAAAUGAAGCUGCCCCAGUUUGGCAUCUCGACUUCAGGGUCCGACUUGGACAUGAACGUCAAAGGGCCACAAGUGACUGGAGAACUACAGGCCCCAGGCAUCGGUGUGAACCUCGGAGGCCUGAACCUGAAAGGGCCUCAGGUCUCUGGCCCUCAAAUCUCAGCACCAGCCAUGGACUUGAACUUGGAAGGACCAAAAAUAAAAGGAAGCCUCGGGGCCACUGGUGAAAUGAAAGGCCCCACUGUUGGGGGAGGUCUUCCGGGCGUCAGUGUUCAAGGCCUCGAAGGAAACGUCCAGAUGCCUGGAGUUAAGUCCUCUGGAUGUGAUGUGGAGCUGCCAGGUGUGAGUGUGAAACUCCCAACGGGGCACAUUUCUGGUCCCGAAAUCAAAGGCGAUCUGAAAGGUUCAGGAAUAGGUUUCCACGGGGCUGCUCCCGACAUUAGCGUCAAGGGGCCUUCACUUAAUGUGGCCUCUCCUGAGUCAGAUUUCGGUGUCACCCUGAAGGGCCCGAAAAUGACAGGAGGUGUGGAUGUUUCAGGGGGUGUCAGCGCCCCAGCUGUCAGCCUGGGCGAAGGACACGUGAGUGUCAAAGGACCCCAGGCCUCCUCCGCUCUCAACUUGGAUGCACCUAAGUUUGCUGGGGGACUUCAUUUCUCCGGACCAAAGGUAGAAGGCGGUGUGAAAGGAGGCCAGGUUGGACUCCAGGGUCCUGGGCUGAGUGUGUCUGGGUCUCCAGGUCACUUGGAAAGCAGAUCUGGAAAAGUAACAUUCCCCAAGAUGAAGAUCCCCAAAUUCACCUUCUCUGGCCGUGAGCUGGUUGGCAGAGAAGUGGGGGUAGAUAUUAACUUCCCUAAAGCGGAGGCCACUGUCCAGGCCGGGGCCGGAGAUGGGGAGUGGGAAGAGUCUGACGUAAAACUGAAGAAGUCCAAAAUCAAAAUGCCCAAGUUCAAUUUUUCUAAACCUAAAGGGAAAGGUGGUGUCACGGGCUCCCCGGAAGCAUCCAUUUCAGGGUCCAAAGGCGACCUGAAGAGCUCGAAGGCCAGCCUGGGUUCUCUGGAAGGAGACGCCGAGGCCGACACGUCAUCGCCCAAAGGCAAAUUCUCCUUAUUUAAAAGUAAGAAGCCCCGGCACCGCUCAAAUUCCUUCAGCGACGAACGGGAGCUCUCAGCGCCUUCCACCCCGACGGGAACGUUGGAGUUUGAAGGUGGGGAAGUGUCACUGGAAGGUGGAAAAGUCAAAGGGAAACACGGAAAGCUGAAAUUUGGUACCUUUGGUGGAUUGGGGUCAAAGAGCAAAGGUCAUUAUGAGGUGACUGGGAGCGAUGACGAGACAGGCAAGUUACAGGGAAGUGGAGUGUCCUUGGCCUCUAAGAAGUCCCGACUGUCUUCUUCUUCCAGCAAUGACAGUGGGUCUAAGGUUGGCAUCCAGCUUCCCGAGGUGGAGCUGGUGGUUUCCAAGAAAGAGUAGCAGGCCUCUGUGUGUGUACAUAUAUGUAUAAAAAUACACCAGCCUUGGGUGUGUUUGUAUAUAAACUCCAGAGAGAAACACGCCGACAGCCUCAGCAUAAUGCAGAGAUCUGGCCUCUGCCCGUGGCAAGUGCUGAAAAAGCCAACCAGCCGCCUUAGUUCCCCCGGCCCGGAGCUUUACAGAUACAGGAACUAAGGGUUCCAAGUUCGUCCAGCCCAUGUGCAGAGCCAACAAUAUUUGCCUUGAGAUUUCAGUUUUUUGUUUUGUUUUGUUUUGUUUUGCAUUGAAUGCUGAGAGCUCCUGUUUACUAAGCAAGCUUAUGUGUUUAUUAUCCUCAUUUUUACUGAACAUUGUUAGUGUCAGGGUAAUGGAAACCCACUUUUUCAUUGUAAUGACUUCAGGGGCUUUUGUUAGUAAGGGUGGGGUGGGGUAGAAGGCAGUAGAGGGGGCCAGACCUCCAUUUCUCCUAAGAUUGGAUCUAUUCAAACAGGGAACACCCAGGGAGGGCCGAGAGGAGCCGCCAGGCAGGGCGCAUGGGUGUCUUUAGGUCUCUUUAGCAUUGCUUUUUCCCCCAGGGGUGGCGGUCCUAGCCAGUUUGGUGUUCACGGUGAGACAGAAUUAGAAUCUAUUUGCAAAUUGGCCGAUGUACCCCCAGCUCAACACGUUCUGUGCAUUGUGGGAGAAAUGUUUCCUUCGUGGCCGCCACAUUCCUGAGACUAGUUCUGAUUUCUUUUAAUAAAUGUUAUCGUGAUUAAGAAAAUUUCCCGCACUUUAAUGGCAAAUUAAUUGAGAAUGUAAGAAAAUCGAUGCUGUCAAAGGCAAAUAAAGCUGUUUAUUAACCCUGA